AUGUCUCUGUUGAGAUUAACGUACGCUCUCUCUCUUCAGUCUUCCAACUUGUUUGUUAUUCGAUUCUUCUCUCAUAGUCACAACCCUGUUGUUGUUGAUGAUGAUGUUUUCUCAUUCAAUCGAAUUCUCAAUACAAACCUUACCCCUCCCAUCUUUGAAUUCGGUCUUUGUAACAGUGGCAAGAUUAACCAAGCCCUUCACUUUCACGAUGACGUUAUAGCUAAUGGGUUUCAACUUAAUCAUUUUAGUUAUGGAACCUUGAUCAAUGGUUUAUGUAAAACAAGAGAAACAAAAGUUGCUAUGCAGGUUCUUAAUAAGAUUGAAGGGUUGUUGGUUAAGCCGGACGUGGUAAUUUACAACACAAUCGUUGAUAGUUUGGGAAAGGAUAAACUUGUGAAUGAUGCCUUUAAUUUAUAUUCUGAAAUGAUUGUCAAAGGAAUUUCUCCCGAUGUUAUUACUUAUACUACUUUAGUAAACAACCUUUGCAUUGUCGGUCACUUGAAAGAAGCAAUUGCUUUGUUAAAUGAAAUGUUGAAAAGUAUCAUCCCGGAUGUUUGUACUUUUAGCACACUCAUUGAUGGUUUUUGUAAGGAAGGAGGGGUGGAAAAAGCUAGAGAUGUGUUGGCUGUUAUGAUAAAACAAGGCGUGAAACCUGAUGUUAUUACUUAUACUUCUUUGAUGUAUGGAUAUUUCUUGGUUAAAGAAGUGAACAAGGCUAAACACAUAUUCAACUCUUUUGUUCGAAGAGGAGUUGAACCUAAUAUUCACAGCUACAAUGUCAUGAUUUAUGGAUUAUGUAAGAGUAGAAUGGUGGAUGAAGCUGUCAGUCUCUUUAAAGAAAUGCAUUUGAAAAACAUGGCUCCUGAUACUAUAACAUACAAUUCGCUUAUUGAUAGACUUUGCAAAUCGGGGAGAACUUGUGAUGUUUGGGAUCUGAUAGAUGAGAUGCAUGAUAGAGGUCAACCAUUUGACGUGGUCACCUACAAUAUCUUAUUAGAUACUUUGUGCAAAAGCCAUAAUCUUGACAAUGCAAUAGCAUUAUUUACAAAGUUCAAACACCCGGGAUCUAAUGGUAUAUUCUGUGUUCUUUGCUUGGUUUAUGUCAUGUUUGGAUGA